AUGGCGACCGGAAACCACACUCUGCUGACCAGAUUUGUCCUCUCUGGAUGGUCCAACCACCCCCAAGUGCAGCUCUUGCUCUUCUUCACCUUCUGCUUAAUCUACACCAUCACCAUCACUGGGAACCUGCUCAUCCUCAUGGUCACAGUGCACCCCAGCCUCCACAUGCCCAUGUACUUCUUUCUUCGGGUCCUGUCCCUCCUGGACAUUUCCACAGCAUCAACCGUUGUCCCCAAGAUGCUGGCAAGCUUCCUGUCAGAGGACAGAAGCAUCUCCUACAUGGGCUGUGCCUCACAGCUCUACUGGGUGAUCUUCUCAACAGCCACUGAAUGCUACCUCUUGGCAGCCAUGGCCUAUGACCGUUACGUGGCUGUGUGCAGCCCCCUCAGAUACGCAGCCAUCAUGAACAGCAGAGUUUGUCUCUCCUUUGUCCUGCUGGCCUGCUGCAGUGGUACUGUUGUGUCUGUGGUGCAGACAGCUUGGGUGCUCACACUGCCCUUCUGUGGGCCCAGGAAGAUGAACUCCUUCUUCUGUGAUAUUCCUCCACUCCUCAUGCUUUCCUGCACUGACACCUUUCCCUAUGAAAUGCAGAUCAUUGUGGCCACAGUGCUGGUCCUCUUUACACCAUGUUGUCUCAUCCUGGUAUCCUAUGCUUGCAUCAUCUCCAGCACCCUCAAAAUUUCCUCUGCAGAGGGCAGACAAAAGACCUUCUCCACCUGUUCCUCACACCUUAUUGUUGUAACACUCUAUUAUGCCAGUGGGACCUUGAUUUACUUACGGCCCAAAUCCAGUAGUUCACAAGACACUAAGAAGUUCCUGGCUCUCAUCUACACAACCAUAGUUCCCACACUGAAUCCCCUGAUUUACAGCCUGAGGAAUAAAGCCAUAAAAGAUGUUCUGAGCAGAAUGAUGACUGACAUGGUGAAGAAAUAUAUAAUUUGUUGUCCAUGA